UUGCAGAAACAUUCCUUUUUAAAACUGAGAACUUGAUUUUACCAUGUGCUGCGGUGGUUGCUGCGGCGGGUGCUGCGGUGGUUGCUGUGGUGGCUGUGGUUGCGGCUGUGGUUGCGGCUGUGGCUGUGGUUGUGGUUGUGGCUGCGGUUGCGGCUGUGGUUGUGGCGGUUGCGGCUGCUGCAGAGGUUGCUGCUAAGCAGAUAUAUCUCGUUUCACCAACAGUGUAAAAAUUCUCUAACAAGAUGUGCUGCGGUGGGUGUUGCGGUUGCUGCUACAGCUGCUGUGGCUGCUGUGGUUGCGGCUGUGGAUGCUGUGGCUGUGGAUGCUGCUAAAUAAAAACCCGUUUUCGUGUAAUGGGCCGUGCAUGAAUUCCAAGUCAAUAUCUCCAGUCUUCUAAUUAGUUUCCAAAUACAAUAACAAUGUGUUGCGGAGGGUGCUGUGGUUGUUGCUACAGUUGUUGUGGUUGCUGUGGUUGUGGCUGUUGUGGUUGUGGGUGCGGUUGCUGCUGAGUAAAAUCUUAGUUGAGUUUCCCACAAUAUGGGACAUCGGAAGUGCUCUUGCACUCAGAAUGUCAAUGCUAACAGCAAUCCUUGCUGCAGCACCUGCAUUUUAAAAACUGGUGUAAAUAACGAAGAUUCUGUUUGAAUUCUUCAAUAUACACUUCCAAGAUGUGUUGCGGUGGGUGCUGCGGUAGCUGCUGCGGCUGCUGUUGCUACAGCUGUGGCUGUGGUUGCUGUGGUUGUGGCUGUUGCUAAGUACGAAAAACUUAAUUACUCCACUAGAAAGAUCAUUCAACAUGGGCCGAAGGAAGUGCUGCUGUUCUCAACGGGUCAACACCAAUAGCAUACCUUGCUGCAGUACAUGCAUAUUUAAAGACGGAAAUAAACAGCCUUCCAGUUAAUUUGCUUAAUAAUUAACUAGCAAGAUGUGUGGCGGUGGUUGUGGUGGCUGCUGCGGCGGCUGUUGUACCUGUUGCUGCUGCGUUCCAUGUAUUUGUUGCUGCAAUUGCUGCUGCUGUUAACACCUGAAGCAGUAUAGCGAGACGAAAGUUUCUACUCAGAAAUCUUCCAGUAUUCCAUGCUUUAGCACGUGUCUUUUGCAAUCACAGUAACAAAUAAUCGCCAAAAUGUGUUGUGGUGGUUGUGGUUGCUCUUGCGGCUGUUGCUGCUGUUGUGUCCCAUGUUGCUGCUGCAGUUGCUGCUGCUGCUGAAUAAUCUUCACACACACACACACACCUAACGUUUUGCUGAUAGACUCGUUUCCCUCUGUGUGAACACAAACCAGCAAAAUGUGUGGCGGUGGUUGUGGAGGCUGCUGCGGCGGCUGUUGCGGCUGUUGUUGCUGCGUCCCAUGUUGUUGUUGCUGCAAAUGCUGCUGCUGUUAAUUGCACUUAAGAAUAUCAUCAUGGCUUGCAAGUGUUGCUGUACGUUAAGCACAAAUCCUUUCAGAAUACCUUGCUGCAGCUCUUGCAUUUUUGCAUGAAAAGAAACAUCUUUAUUUUCAACGUGUCUAACAGCAAACAGUAAAAAUGUGUGGAGGUGGUUGUGGUGGUUGCUGCGGUGGCUGUUGUGGCUGCUGCUGCUGUUGUUGUUGCGUUCCUUGCUGCUGCUGCUCCGGCUGCUGCUGCUAAGCCUAUCCCUAGGUCAACGCCAGCCAACAUCGAAGCUCACACGUUGCUCUAAGCAAGUAAACGAAGUCUUCCCUAAGUACGUGUAUUUCAUCAUUUAAAAUAUGUGUGGCGGCGGAGGCUGUGGAGGCUGUGGAGGCUGUGGUGGCUGUGGUGGCUGUGGCUGUGAUUGUUGCAGCUGCUGUUGCGUACCUUGCUGUAUUUGUUGUUGCUGCCCAUGCUGUUGCGGUUGUUGCAGUUAAAUAUCUUGCAUCUAAUAUAUCCGUCAAAAUGGGCCGCCGAAAAUGCUGCUGUACGCAACGCGUAAACCCCUCCAGCAUUCCUUGCUGCAGUACUUGCAUCUUUAGAAACAACGAAAAUAAACAGAUUUCUGUUUAAUAUCGUAAAACAAUAACCAGCAAAAUGUGUUGCGAUUGUGACUGCGACUGCUGCUGCAUAUGCUGUUACCAGCCGUGUUGCUGCUGCUAUUGCCCUUGCUGUUGCUGCUGUUAGACACCAAUUAAACAUCAACAUGGGGCGCAAGUGCUGCUGUUCGCGUAACAUCAAGACAUCCAGCAUUCCCUGUUGCAGCACGUGCAUUUUCAAAAACGAUGGGAACGAGCAUCAACCAGCUCUGAAAAUGCACUAACAUAAUGCAACGGCACGGAUCCUGCCUUCAUUGAAAUCAUGGAAAAGCAGAUAUGGGGGCAGGAGCCAUCCGCCGCAAUGGGCUGGAAGAUAAUUCAACUCUGAGGCAGCAAGAAAACUCAAAAGCAUCAAAAUGUGCACCUACGCUUGUUGCCCGAAACCCUGUUGUCGCCCCUGCGUGCGGAGCUGCUGUUGCUACUACUGCGGUCGGGACUACUGCCCCUACUGCGGGCGGUGUCACAUGCGAUGCCGCAGAUGUUGCAAGAAAUCUUGCAACUGCGGCUGCGGAAAAUGCUGCCGCUGCUGCGGCACGAGAACGUGCGGCCCGCCAACCAUCAUAUGUAGCAAUUGCUGCAGCUAUUGCAAUGGAAUAUGCUCAAGUUGCCGCCGACACAAAUGCUGCGACUCGUCAUGCUGCAAACCGUCCUGUUGCAAACCGUCCUGUUGCAAGCCAGUCUGCUGCAAGCCAGUCUGCUGCAAGCCAGUCUGUUGCAAGCCAGUAUGUUGCAAACCGGUCUGUUGUAAACCGGUCUGCUGUAAACCAGUAUGCUGUAAACCAGUAUGCUGUAAACCAGUCUGCUGCAAACCAGUGUGUUGCAAGCCCGUGUGUUGCUGCAAACCGAAAUGUUGUUGCUGCAAACCGAAAUGUUGUUGCUGCAAACCGAAAUGUUGUUGUUGCAAGCCGGUGUGUUGUAAACCGGUCUGCUGUAAACCGAUCUGUUGCAAACCCGUCUGUUGCAAGCCGGUGUGUUGUGAACCGGUCUGUUGCAAGCCGGUGUGUUGUGAACCGGUCUGCUGCAAACCGGUCUGCUGCAAACCGGUGUGUUGCAAACCCGUAUGUUGCAAGCCCAUGUGUUGCAAGCCCAUGUGUUGCAAGCCCAUGUGCUGCAAGCCGGUCUGUUGCAAGCCGGUCUGUUGCAAGCCGGUCUGUUGCAAGCCGGUCUGCUGUAAGCCGGUGUGUUGCUCGCCGGAAUCCUGCGAUUCCUGUUGCCCAGACGACUGCUGCGAGGAUAGCUGCGAAUGCUGAGAAAAGUAGCGCCGGGGCGAGCGGGCGCGGCCUGCGCCGGGGGGCGUCGGCCCAAGUGACGCGCGGUGUCCGCUUCGCUCGCCGCCGCGUCGCUUCGGCCCCCGCCCUGCGCGCCGCUGCCCCCGCCGAUGGCGUCGCGUCCUGCGCCUCUUUCCGGAGUGUCGGGGCCGUCCCAGGUCGUGCCCGCCUCCGCCGCAGCAGUCACCUGACCAAAGUGGCGCUCCUCCGUCGGCCGCACACCGGCCGCGCGCCCGCCUCGCGGCGCCCCUCGCCGCCCCCGGCGCGCCCUGGCCGUGCGUGCGCGCCCGCCGGCACGCGGACGCGCGCUCGCUGCCGGAGCCAUGCGCCGGCCGCGCGGCGCGGCGUGGCGGCGCACCGCCCCUCG